UGAGCAGACUGCAUGUGAACAAGGUGAAGCAGCAUCAUUCUUUUUUCCAAAAGGAUUUGACAAAAGUAAAUUUCCGCAGUGCCAUCCAGUAAAAAGCUCAGAUACUAAGGAGUUAAUUUUCGUCAGAGAACAUCACAGCGUUAGAUCCAAGAGCUUGUCUACCAUGAAGGCGUUUCUAACCGUCCUUGCGACCACUUUGCUGGUUGCCAUAGUAUCGGGUCAGAAUACUACGCUACCUGCAAUGGAAUUCGUCAACCCAGGAGAGAUCCUUCCUGGGCUCACAGUCCCAUAUCUGAUCAACGCUGCUGGCGGCAUCUGGCAGCAGGAUCGUGUCAUUGAUUCCAUGGCCUAUGCUUGCAGAGAGGUCCUACCUUAUAUAGGUUCGGUAAUACCAGAGGUAGACCAGAGAAGUCUGUAUUGGGGUCCGGUCUGUGAUGACGUCAUCGAAGCUUCUGAUGAUCUAGAUGCCUUUGACGCAACGGGGUGGUGUGAUGAUGACAUAAUCCCUAUGAUAAUGAUCACCAACUUGACGUCCCAGGGCAGUGAUGGAAGAUAUCGCAGACAAGCAGGACCAACCACGGAAUACCCUGAAUCCAUGGAUAAUCCCCUGGAUAUCAUUGAAAUCCUGACCAACAUCACCAGAGACCUCUAUGGAAUCGACAUCAACAUGAUCAUCAAUGACCCAUCUACAAUCAACACCAUCUGCACCAACGUCAAGGAGAAUUUCUUGAGGCCAUCUCUUCAAGAUUUGACCUCUCAGUUCGCGGCUGAGUUGCUGAGUGCGUUGCUUCCCCGGGCAGCUCCACUGUGCCAAGACUGGGAUGGUUUCCUCCAGGACUUCGGGAUAAACUCUGCCUCUCCAGAGUAUCCUUUGAUCCAGGAUUUUGCUCGUAUAGGAUCUCAAGCUAUGGGGUACGACAACAGGGAGGAAAUCUGUCAAGCUAUCACUCAAACACUCUCCGUCCAAGGUGACAAUGGUGAAGCGAGACUGUCAUUCUCAACGGAUUUAAUUCUCAGCCUUUUAGAAAUCCCGACAAACUCCGCCAGGUGUUCAAUGCUGGCCAAUGGAAUAGUCUAUGACGUCAUCGAACCAGUCAUCAACAUCGGCGACGAAAUAAUGAUUACCGAUGAACAGCUUUACCAGUACACGGGAUUCCAAAGACCGAACCCCCUUGAUUCGCUCUGCAUCUUCGUAGAGAAUGCUUUCACAACUGUGGUGGAUCUACCAGACCCAGUUCCAUUCCGGUUCAUCCCAGACACUAAUCUGACUGUCGAGUUCUUUAUCAACGCCGCAGGAGGAGUAUGGAUCCAGGAACGUACCAUUGAUUCUCUAGCCUUUGGAUGCACUGAGUUCCUGCCAGAUCUUGAGUCCAUGAUACCCGAUUUCCGCACGUUCUCUGCUUUUUAUGAGCCAGUCUGCAGAGAGGUACUUGUAGCAGCCAACGACCUGGCAGUCUUCGACGCAGAGAGUUCCUGUACUGAUUUAACAGCUGUUUUUACUGAUUUGAUAUCCACGGACGACGGCUACAGGAAGCGGAGGCAAGCAGAUAUGGCGGAGGAAGAUAUGUUUGAUUUCAUCGGAAUCCUAAGUAAUACUACCAAAGACCUCUACGGCUUGAACAUCUCCGACCAAUCCACCGUAUGUCCCAAUAUCAAGCAGUUUCUAGAACCAUCAUUACCCGAAGUGGCCACCAGGUUUCUCACUGAGCUGACCAGCGCAGUGCUUCCUCAAGCAGCCCCCUACUUUUGUGAAGAUUGGGAACAGUUCCUUUCAAGUGUCGGGAUCUCCAAGACAUCGCCCCACUAUCCAAUCAUCUACGAUUUGGCAGAUAUAGGAUCUCAAAUGCUUGGACAUGACAGCAGGGAUGCUAUCUGCGAGGCCAUUCAACAGGCUCUAUCAUAUGGACGGGCAGACCGGAAGGCCUUAGGGAGGGAUGCUCUUGAGAGUUUCCUCGAUAUCUUCACCGACGUAGAGAGAUGUAUGAUGAUUGGGAAUGACGCAAUUGAUGACAUCAUCGAACCUCUCUUCGGGAUCGAUGUUCCUGGGUUUGAAGUCACGAGCUACCUGAUCUCUCGAUACACCGGUUACAAUGGAGUUAAAGAUAUCUGCAAUGCACUUGAGACGGCAUUUACCGGUGAGUUUAAACGAUUUCGUACCUAG